AUCAGCAGCUUAACAAUCACCAAAACAUCCAUCUCAACACCUCCAACCUCACAGAAUACGACAUCAUACAACAGCAUCACCGUCAAAAUGUCUUCAACAACAGACCCCAACCCCUCCGACUCCCGUCCCGCCUUCAUCCCCCUCGAAGCCAACCCCGAACUCAUGACAACACUCAUCCACAAACUCGGCGUCUCAAACGCUCUCGCAAUGCACGACGUCUACUCGCUCACUGACCCAGACCUACUCGCCUUCAUACCCCGCCCCGCGCUCGCUCUACUGCUCGUAUUCCCUGUUAGCGCUGUGUACGAGAGUCACCGCAUGGCUGAGGAUAGUUUGGCGGAUGAGUACAAGGGCAAGGGGGAGACGGAGCCUGUGCUUUGGUGGCCGCAGACAAUUAGGAAUGCUUGUGGGCUUAUGGGCUUGCUGCAUGCUGUUAGCAAUGGAAAUGCUAGAAAUUUCAUCGAGGAGGAUUCCACGCUUGAUGUGUUGAUCAAGAAGAGUAUUCCUCUUGAUCCCCACGGCCGCGCAAAGGUUCUCGAAACCACGCCUGAUCUUGCAACAGCGCAUAAGGAAGCUGCUACACAAGGCGAUACACCCGCACCAGCUGCAGAAGACGACGUGGAGCUACACUACGUUUGCUUCGCCAAGGGAACAGAUGGUGGAUUGUGGGAACUCGACGGACGACGAAAAGGACCCAUUCGACGAGGCGAUCUGGAAGAUAACGAAGAUGUGUUGAGUUCAAAGGGCUUGGCGCUGGGUGCGUUGAAGUUUCUGGAGAGGGAGGGUAAGGAUUUGAGAUUUAGUGCUGUUGCGCUUGCUGGGUCUAUGGAUUAGGAUUGAUACCCAAGGAGAGGCUGGAGCAUUUGGUGGACGAUAUUCGCGUGGAAAUGAAUCGCAUAGUUCAAUCUUCUCACGAAGACUGUAGAGUGGCUGAAGUGGUUUUUACUUAGCGUAGUUAUUUUGAGAAGCUGAAGAAGAGCAAGGCAGAUUCUUGAAGCCACGUCUAAUCUCAGCUCCCCACUUCAAGGCAGCGACUUUGAACAACAUAUAAAAAAGCCUGUUACUUCUGUUUCUGAUCACUCCUCAAUUC